GUGAGGAGCAGGAGGAGGAGGAAGAGGAGGAAGUGGCGAAUGUUUUUUGUUCUACCUGCAAGAUACCAAUCCGAGCUUUUGACAAACUAUUUGGUGAGCACAAGGAUCAUGAGGUGACUCAACUGCCCAAUGCCUUGGAAAGUGAAAAGGAAGAGAUUCAUAAAAACAUGUGCAAGUUAGAAGAACAGAUUGCUCAGAUGGAAAAUGUUGCCAGUCAUUUGGAGGAAAUCUUCCUCACUGUAGAGGAAAAUUUUGGGAGGCAGGAGCAGAACUUUGAGGUGCAUUACAACGACGCAGUACAAGUGCUUGCUCAAAAGUACGAAGAACAGCUGGAAGCACUGGGGGAAGAGAAGAGGCAGAAGCUGGAAGCUCUAUAUGAGCAGCUGGUCAGUUCUGGGAAACUUCUUGACACCUGCAAAGAACUGACAGACAAAACCCAUGAACUUUUCCUGGAAAAUGACAAAGCUGAAUUUAUGAAGGUAAAGAACUUUAACUGUUAAGGCCCCUCCUAAGUGCUUUUUGCUGCUUGCAAGUAGUCCCCAGCCAGGAAGUUCCAAGCGGUUUUAUUCUGGAGAGCAUUCGGGGUGCUCAGUCCAUGCUGCUGUCAGUGCUCCAGGUUCUUGCCAUGGUGGCAUCAACUUAGUAGGGCAACACAACUGGGGCAAAAUGCAGAAGCAGAAGUUUGUAAUUUGGGUGCUCAUUGAUUUGUGAGUCACACUGGGGUUCAGAGGGAAGACAUCUCCCUAGAAUGCUUAUCUCAGGAAACUCUGGAAGCACUUAGUGUUCACUGCCUCUUGCAGGCUCAGCUCUCUUGCUCUGUUCUGGGCUCAGAGCAGGCAGGCUGAUGCAAUCACUUUGGAGAAGGUUUCUUUUUCUUCCUCAUUUUUUUGGAAAGUUCAGCUGAACAGGAGGCUCCAAACUAAAUACAUCAGGAGCUCCUGCAAAGCGAUGGAUGCAUCCCUCUCUUGAGAUGGUGUCAUGAAGUUAUUUUGCUUUGGCAGGUAGAAAAAUAAUUGGGGAAAAAAAGAGAAUUUUCACUGCUGAUGAGUGAUUGCUCUAACUUGAGCUGUCUUGUGACUCAGGUGGAUGGGAGCAUUUCUGUAGCACAGCCACAGUAACUUAUGAACUGGACAACAAACCAAUCUCCUGAACACCUCCAGUCUGCUC